GUUUUUCCCUUUCUUGAGAUUUCUUUUCCAAGUUCAGUUCAGAUCUUCUGGACAAGUCCAACUCGUAGUGGGGUUAACGGGACAACAGAGGCAGAGCAAGAGAGUGUUCGGAGAAAAUGAACACUGUUCUUUCACCUUCUUCAGCGUUUCCUACGUUGUCCAAAACCUAUGUUUCUUUUGGUCCCUUAUUUUCCAGUUUCGCUGUUCCUUCUUCUUCUUCUUCGCACAUUGAACUUCCCCGCAAAAGGGGUUCUCAAAACACUGGACUUCGCUGCAACUGUAGCAUCUGGCCAGGUGGCCCUGGCUCUGGUGAUAGUGAUAGCAGCAACAGAAGUAUCCUGGAUGCAUUUUUCUUGGGAAAAGCUGUAGCUGAAGCUCUAAAUGAGCGCAUUGAAUCCACUGUUGGUGAGAUUUUGAGCACCGUUGGAAGAUUGCAAGCUGAACAGCAAAAGCAAGUCCAGGACUUUCAGGAAGAAGUGUUGGAAAGAGCCAAAAAAUCAAAGGAAAACGCAGCACGUGAAGCUAUGGAGGCCCAAGGAUUCAUUUCAAAAUCUGCAGUUGAGACAAAAGUCACAGAUUCAACUACUUCCAAAACUUCAAAUUCUGCAACAGGUCCAGUCACUUCUGUUCAGUCCACUGACGCAUCUGAAACAGAUUCCGAACCUGCCAAAGAGGAGGAACCUACUAGUUCAACAAGUGAUGAAUGAUCCAUCCUAGUGUAUUUGGCUUCAACUGUUGGCUGAUUUUUACUGAAUUUUCCUUAAUACCUUAUUUUCCCCAAAUCUAAAUAUAUCAUGUUUAAUAGAUGCAUCACGACUUUUUCUUAA